UCCGCGCUACACACGAGCUCGUGUAAGCCAGGCAGGGCGCAGCGUUACCAUGGUCUUCUCCAUCCCGCCGACACAUCCCCGGCCGGUCCGUUUCAUUUCCGCGAUCAGCUUCGGCAGAGUGUGCGAGCGUGAGGGACCUCGUAGUUUGAGCGCAGAAUGCACGGGGGAAGGAGAGGACUGGUGGCGCCGCAGAACACUUUUUUGGAAAACAUCGUCCGACGCUCAAGCGAGACCAGUUUUCUCUUGGGUAAUGCACAGAUCGUCGAAUGGCCUAUAGUGUAUAGUAAUGACGGAUUCUGCAAGCUUUCUGGCUACCACAGGGCUGAGGUCAUGCAGAAGAGCAGUACUUGCAGUUUUAUGUAUGGUGAACUGACAGACAAGAAGACAAUAGACAAAGUCAGACAGACUUUUGACAACUAUGAGUCCAAUUGCUUUGAAGUUCUACUCUAUAAGAAGAACAGGAGCCCAGUAUGGCUAUACAUGCAGGUGGCCCCGAUCAGGAACGAAAACGAUAAAGUGGUUCUGUUCCUCUGCACCUUCAAGGACAUAACCGUCUUCAAACAGCCCAUUGAGGACGAGACCACCAAAGGAUGGACCAAAUUUGCAAGACUGACCAGAGCGUUGACCAACAGCCGUGGCACACUCCAGCAACUCGCCCCGUUAAACAAAACUGAAGUGAGCCACAAGCAUUCUCGACUGGCUGAGGCUCUUCAGUUAGGCUCAGACAUCCUCCCGCAAUACAAACAGGAGGCGCCUAAAACUCCUCCUCAUAUCAUCCUGCACUACUGCACCUUCAAGACCACCUGGGACUGGGUCAUCCUCAUCCUCACCUUCUAUACUGCCAUCAUGGUGCCAUAUAACGUCUCCUUCAAAACCAAACAGAACAACCUGGCCUGGCUGGUGGUGGACAGUGUGGUGGAUGUCAUCUUCCUGGUGGAUAUUGUGCUUAAUUUUCACACUACAUUUGUGGGGCCUGGUGGAGAGGUCAUAUCAGAUCCUAAACUCAUCCGCAUGAACUACCUGAAAACCUGGUUUGUCAUUGACCUGCUCUCCUGCCUGCCAUAUGACAUCAUCAAUGCUUUUGAGAAUGUGGAUGAGGACUCCAUCUCUGAAUCCUCCGCAGUGGGCCACAUACCGGCAGCGCGGAACGUCACGCGCACCGAAGACUCCGUAUUGCCGGGACUCAGCAGCCUUUUCAGCUCGCUCAAAGUGGUGCGUCUGCUGCGUCUGGGCCGUGUGGCUCGUAAACUGGACCACUAUCUGGAGUACGGAGCUGCUGUUCUGGUUCUCCUUGUCUGUGUCUUUGGCUUGGUGGCUCAUUGGUUGGCCUGUAUCUGGUACAGCAUCGGUGAUUACGAGGUCAUUGAUGAAGUCACCAACACCAUUAAGACAGACAGCUGGCUCUAUCAGCUAGCAAUCAGUAUCGGCACACCUUAUCGGUACAAUGCCAGCGGAUCAGGCCAGUGGGAGGGAGGACCGAGUAAGGACACUCUCUACAUAUCAUCACUUUAUUUCACAAUGACCAGCCUGACUACCAUCGGCUUCGGUAACAUCGCUCCUACCACAGAUGGCGAGAAAAUCUUCUCUGUGGCCAUGAUGAUGGUGGGCUCUCUCCUGUAUGCCACCAUCUUUGGAAACGUGACCACCAUCUUCCAGCAGAUGUAUACCAAUACCAACCGCUACCACGAGAUGCUAAACAAUGUACGGGAUUUUCUGAAGCUCUAUCAGGUGCCUAAAGGUCUGAGUGAAAGAGUAAUGGACUACAUCGUCUCCACAUGGGCCAUGUCGAAAGGCAUCGACACAGAGAAGGUGCUGUCUAUCUGCCCCAAAGACAUGCGGGCGGACAUUUGCGUACACCUUAACCGGCAGGUGUUUAAUGAGCAUCCUGCCUUCCGGCUGGCAAGUGACGGCUGUCUGCGCUCUUUAGCUGUGGAGUUCCAGACCACACACUGCGCACCGGGAGACCUCAUCUUCCACGCUGGAGAGAGUGUUGACACGCUAUGCUUCGUGGUGUCCGGCUCGCUUGAGGUCAUUCAGGAUGAUGAGGUUAUUGCCAUUCUUGGCAAGGGUGAUGUGUUUGGUGAUGUUUUCUGGAAAGAGACCACACUUGCUCAUGCAUGUGCCAACGUGCGGGCGCUGACUUACUGUGACCUGCAUGUGAUCAAGAGAGAGGCCUUGCUCAAGGUGCUGGAAUUCUACACAGCUUUCGCCAACUCUUUCUCACGUAACCUCAUCCUCACCUGCAACCUCCGGAAGCGGAUUGUCUUCCGUAAAAUAGCAGAUGUGAAGAAGGAGGAGGAGGAGAGAAGACACCAGAAAAAUGAAGUGACACUCUCCAUUCCUGUGGACCAUCCAGUCCGCAAACUCUUCCAGAAGUUUAAACAGCAGAAGGAGAUGAGAGCACAGGGGUCCUUGCUGCCUGACCUGGAGAGGAACCAGCACCAUGUGGAGCACCAGCUCCAUCCACUUUCACACCACCACCAUCAGCAACACCAUUAUCCUCAGCCCCAAUACCAGGUGCACCAGUCGCUCCAUCAUCAUCAUCAUCAUGGACCCUCUAUGCAAAAUGGGGCUCCUGGUUUGGGUGGAGGUAGUGGUAAUGGAGGCUCCACAGUUGUGACUGUUUCGCAGAUAACCCCAGUUCACAGCUCCUUGGCAUAUGUUCAAACAGAGGACUCCAGUGGGAGGGCCUGCCAUGAGGCCAUGGAGCUAAAGCCCAGCCUCAGUGUGGUUGAACAGAACUGCUUAAAGUUCACCAGUCCUGCCCGACCCAGGGGUGGGGGUGGUAGUGCUGGUGGUGUUGGUCGUCGGGGAUGGAUGCGUCUCAGGAACACAGAAAAUGGAGCCUCACUCGCUCCUCCAUCUAACUCAGAUUGGCCACAGAGGGAGGAGGAGUGGGGAGAUGUUGCCCAGCCCCUAAGACCGCUUCCAGAAGAUACCAAAAACCAGGUGGCUGAAGGAAAAGAAACCAUUACUAUCAAUUCAGACAGAAAUGGAAGUGACAUUGCAAAUGGAGGCUCUGAAGGAGCAGAUGAGAAGAGUGCACUACACAAGACAGAUUCUUGUGACAGCGGUAUCACCAAAAGUGACUUACGCAUUGACAGGGUAGGUGACUCUCGUAGCCCCAUGGAGCGGAGCCCACUUGAGCAGCCUAGCCCUGGAGUAGGGGCCUUGACCACAAGAGGUCUUUCUUUCCUACCUGUGCCUGAGCAGGCUCUGCUUCAAAACACCUUGCAGGAGGCUAAGAUGGAACUUAAGGAAGAUAUUCAGACUCUGAGUGGUCGUCUGUCUGUCCUGGAGGCCCAGGUGGGGGAGAUUUUAAGACUGCUUUCAGAGCAGAGGAGAUCAAGCCCACAGCCACAGACUUCAACCCCAAAAACCGAAUUCAAAUGCCAAGACAUUUUCAUUGUCUCCAGACCUGUUACUCCUGAGGCAGACAGAGAUGAUGGACCUUUUUGAAACAAGAGAGAAACAUUUAUUUAUUUAUUUAUUUAAAAUAGAUUGGUGGGUUUAUUUAUAAUGUUACCUCCUCUCGUGACGAUCAGAAAAAUAUGUUAAAGGGGGUAAAAAUAAUUUCUACUGUAAAUAGAUGCAUGUCCAGCUGGAAUCUGGCCUGCCAAUGAAGUCUACUUUAAGAACAGUAGUUGCUUGUACAUUUAUGACUGCAUGCAAAAUGAUUUAAAAAGACACAAUUUUUAUACUGACCCCAUGUGCUGGACUAUCUCUUGACUGACUAAUAUUUCAGGGCAUUUAUCUUCAAGAGCAGAAGCACUGCACGGUGCACACAUGAGCUCUGUGGCUGUAAUAAAGGCUUGGUGUGGUGUUUGGUAGCACUGCUUGAACAAACCACCUCUGAAGACUUAAUUAGCUAUUUUCAUCUUUUCACACUCUUUACCCCAACAUGUCCCCAUGUCUUGUUUCUUUAACUUAAGUGUCUAAUGCCCUAUAAAUCAUAGCAUGCAGACUGUAGAUGGAUAUCCAAAAGAGAUUAUUUUAUCUUCUAAUAUAGAAAGUUAAAGAUAUGUAGCUUUUAUUUUUCUCAUCCUAAACCCAUGAAGCAAUACUUUUAUGUUAAAUCUAGCAUCUAAAUUUGACAUGGAGAGAAUGUGGGAUGGGUGGGAAAAUUGUUUCGCUAUGAUGUGAGUGCAUGCUGGAUUUGUAAUAUUAAUUGGCAUGAAAGGGAGUUGAAAGACAACAUUCAGUUGUACAAAUUAACAUGUCCAGCUUUAGUAUAGGCAAAAUUUUGGAAGAAGUCUUAGACGCAUGAACAUACCCACGUCUAUAUUAUCAUAAGCAUGAUUUUAUUUUUUUUUUCCGCAUGGGUAAUAGGUCCUUUUUGGUACAUUAAUAUAAACAUUGAUAACAGAUGUCAAGAUGUCAAUUUUGGAGAUUUUCUCAUAUUGCUGUCCUAUUUUAUUUUGUUUCACUUUAUCAUUACACUGAAAUAGUUUACAAGCUGAAUAUCACUUUAUGACUUUCUGUAUGAAAAGUACGUGAUUGGAAAGUUUUCGUUUGGUGAUGUAGCUAUAAAGAAGGCACCAAAAGUUAUCAAAUGUUAUUAAAGCAAAGAAUAUUUGCAUGCUAUCCUCCUCAAACCCACACGCUGUUAGGAAAUAGUGGCAUUAUGUUCAUUCAAUGCUAGUCGUUUUCUUGUUACUUUCUCUCACAAAACACAGCUUUGGAACUUUGAUUCACCUCACAUGGGGCUCAUAGGAAGGCAGCUUAGAAUUCUAGUGUCAAAUGAAGUCAUACAGCUAACUGUAACCUAGUAACACAGUUAUCUAGCAUGUUCCUUAUUCAGCUGGGGAAGUUUAUUUUUUCGUUUUUCCCUCUUUUUACCAGUUAAUGAAAUAAAUUGUUAGAAAUCUGAGUCAUGGAAGGUAACAGCACAAACCCAAUAUAACCGUGGCUGUAAUCAGCUGAAUGACUGAGUGAUCUGAAUGAAUUUCCCCCAUGUAUGUAUUAUGAAUAUAAGUCCAGGAUAUAAAAUCAAAUGGCUCACGCCGUAUAUUCACAGUGUAGUGCUACACGUUUUAGAUAUUGUUCAGUUGUUCAAUUUACAUUGCAAAUAAAAUUACGUAUGCAGUGUGAGAGGAACCAUAAAUCCAUUUACCAAAUAUUUGCAAAACUCUUCAUUCAAGUUUCCUUGUUUUGUUCUGUGGAAACAUCUAAUUUGCCUAAUUUUACUGGCCUUAACAAAGACAAGCAAUAACCUUUCAGUUGAAGUAGUGUUAGUCUGUACUCUAGUUCUAGUUCGGCCCUAGGUAUUCAGUAAUACUAACACUAGAAUAGUAGUAUAGAAUAAUAGUCUUACAGAAAACACUGAGCUUUAAAUACAUAAAACAUUGGAGGCCUUGUAGAAGCUUCACUUCCCCUUAAAGGUGCAAAAGUCACAGAUUCAUUCUGCACAUAGAUUUUUGUGAUGUAAAUGCUGUUAAUGAAGGAAUCUUAACACAGACAUGUCGAAGAAUUCCAGGGUAUCACCAAAACCGGGUGAGCUGGUGUUGGUUUUUGUAUUAUAUAAGCUGAAUAACCAAGAUAGUGUGGAUAUGUACAGGAUGAUUAGCGACAAUAUCUUCACAAUAUAAUAACUUUCGCAAAUCUGUCAGCAUUACCGUAAUCUUAACCUUAUAAUUCACAUGGUCAGCUAUUAUAUUCUGGGUCAGCUAUUCUGGCUUUUGAAUUCUUUCCCCCCGUAUUUUGGAGAUAAAUGUGGUUAGCAGUUAUUAACAAUUUCAUAAAGUUUAUCUUGGUAAACUUCCUGCCUCAGCAUUUCUUAUCGUGCAUCAUUCUUCAUGAUUCAUUGUACUCAGGCUUUGAGAGUGAAUGUGAAAGAGUACUUUAUACACCGGUUUAUGAGAUCAGAGAAUAAUGAGUGAAACUUUUUUUUUUUUUUGCUGCAAAUGUAUCUUAUUAAAGAAAUUAUAGGUAUAUUAAAACCUUUUUGCAUAAUUGUUUAAUAAACUAAGAAGCUAAUGUUUUCUACUGUGGGCCUUUGCCUUCACUGAGAGAACACAAAGUAGCAUAGGGGCAUUAGUUUUGCUCCUUUUCCUCUGUGCAAUCCAAUUGAGUUACCGUUUAUCUCUUCAUGACCCAAGAGAGAGUAGCACACAGGCUGUAACAUGAAUAUUAACAUUGUAGAGAUAACAGAUGCUAAAUGAUCAUUUGUUUUGAACAAAAACAUUGCUCAUUUUUAAUGAAGUUGACUCACAUUGUUGACCUCCUCCACCUUGUAAAGUUGGAAUAUGAUUUUUGAUAGCAAGUCUGGUUUUUUGUCCUGCCAGGCAUCAGAAAUGGGAAGGUUAGGGUCUGUCUCCAUUUCCCUGGUGCACAAAAGAGCUACAGAAUUUUUUUGCACAGGGAAGAAGUGGGCGUUUGACUGCAUGCUGCAUUUUUGAUGUGUUCGAAAAGUUGAUGCCAAUGAAAAUGAUGUUUGCCUGCCAAAGUGGUACUUUGCUGCAAAUUUUUUCACACAUGUACGAAAUCCAAGGGGCCCUGGGGAAGAAGACUUUUAGUGCUGGGAAGCAUAGACAAUGCACCAAGUGAUACUGUACCAUUAUGUGUAGUCAGCAAACACAGCAGCCAAGUAUUAUAAAUGAUCUAUAGCUGGGUGUUGUUUUAAAGAGGAGCGGAUUUACAAUAUAGCAUGCUAUUUCUCCCCCAUAUUCUAUAUCAUAUUAAUACACUAGACAGCUCUGCUGCAUGGUACAGCAUUUACUUGUUGCAAAAGGACUUUGUAUUUUGGCUGAAGGACUCUGCCCAGGCUCUUUCUUUUGGAUUGCGUGAGACUCUGCAUUUGUUAAACUCUUUUUCAUGUACCUGAGACUUCCUUUUUAUCAGAGUGUAAAAAGAUAUUACAAAAACAUUAGAGGUGGGGGCAAAUGUUUAUUUUUACCACACUGGCAUGACUAAAUCUAUAAUUUGUUAU